AUGAGUUUCAAGGAAGGUAUACGUACUUCCAAGACACCAGAUCUUGAAUUUUGUGAAGAAUGCGAGUUAAAAUGCUUCACCGCCGCUCUUGAACACGUGAGCUCCCAAACGAACGCGUACGUCCCACGUACCGAAUCAGGUACUGAAUGGUCGAUCGCGUUCGAAUCAACGAUGUCAUCCCUCGAGUCACUCAGAAUGGCGAUCAGUAACACACCUGCAGCGGAGAAUAUGUUUGAAGACAUCUAUCUAUCAAUGAAAUACAUUCGCAAUGUGCUGGAGGGAAACACGAAACGCACGGCAGAAAUCAAACAGGAGAAGGAAAUCCUUGCUAGUCAGCUGAAGACAACUAACACACAGUUAGCUGAAACGGAAAAGGAGCUCCAACAACUGGAACAGUUCACAAGGAGAAAUCAUUUGGAAAUUCACGGCGUUCCACAACCGUAUUUCACUGAAAAUACUGACGAUGUGGUUGUGGAACUAGUAAGUGCGGUCGGUAUCAAUAUCUCGACUUGUGAUAUCGAUAUAAGUUAUCGUUUAUCCCCAGCAGGAACCCGGCAACCCCAACAACAACAACAACUCCCGCAACCAAUCAUUGUGAAAUUCGUUACACAGUCUCUCCGCGAUGAAAUAUACAAUUCUCGGAAGGAGAUACAAACCAAGUCAGCAGAAAAAUCAACAGCGCUUAACGGGGCAAGGGAGAGAGUUCACAUCGAAGAAAACCUGACUGUCGCCAACAAGAAGUUGUUUCACAAAGCAAACAAAAUAAGAAAAUUGUGCAACUGGAAGUUCAUUUGGACUUUAAACGGGCGAAUAUUUGUCAGAAAAAAUGUUGGAGAAAAUGCUAUCAGUAUAGAUUCUCUGACCGACAUCGACCGCAUUUGGCCGCCAAACUGUCACAGCUGCUAA